GGCUAUCAGUAUCGGUAGACUCGGUGUUGUCCUGUGCAGGGGGAGCAACAUGUUCCUAACGUCUGUUUUAAGUUUCCUGGUAGUGAUAGCUGGAUUGCCCCUCGUUUGGACUUCUUGUCCUUCACAGUGCAGUUGUUUUUACCACAACUUGAGUGAUGGAUCCAGGGCUAGGAGCGUUAUUUGCAAUGAUCCAGAGAUUUCAUUGGUGCCUGCCAGCUUUCCCGUCGACACAUCUAAGCUUAGGAUAGAGAAAACUGCCAUCAAAAGAAUACCAGGAGAAGCAUUCAACUACCUCGCAAAUUUGGAAUUCCUCUGGAUGUCUUUUAACGCACUAUCCUCGGUCAAUCCGGACAGCUUCCGUGGUCUGUACAGCCUGGAAGAGCUGAGACUAGAUGGGAAUGCUUUAUCAGCAUUUCCGUGGGAAUCACUAAUUGACCUACCUAGUCUGAGACUCCUUGAUUUGCAUAACAACCAGAUAUCAUCAAUUCCUUCUGAGGCAACAUUAUACAUUAAAAACCUGACCUAUCUUGACCUCUCUAGCAACAGUUUACAGACUGUGCCAUCAGAAGUUCUUUCUACUUGGUUAACAGUAAAACCUCUCCCAGGGGCAGAUUCCAAAAUGAUCUUAGGUCUUCACGACAACCCAUGGGUUUGUGACUGCCGUCUGUAUGAUCUGGUCCAGUUCCAGAAAUCCCCAUCUCUACUGGUGGCAUUUAUUGACACUCGCUUGCGCUGUGCUGACCCUGAGAGUGUCUCAGGUGUACUGUUUAGCGACGCUGAGCUGAGAAAGUGCCAGGGCCCCAGAGUUCACACAGCUGUGGCUCGAGUCCGAAGCCCGGUGGGCAACAAUGUCCUGUUGCGCUGUGGCACCAUUGGCAUCCCCAUUCCAGAGCUUGCCUGGAGAAGAGCCGAUGGAAGGCCCAUGAAUGGGACAGUUGAGCAAGAGAGUUCAAAGGAGGGAAUUGUGUGGUCAAUUUUAAGUGUUCCUGCUGUUUCAUAUCGAGACUCUGGGAAAUACAUCUGCAAAGCAACAAACUAUGCUGGGAGUGCAGAGGCCGUCAUUUCUCUGAUGAUAACAGAGUCCCCAAAGACAGAAAACCAAACAGCGAGUCCAAAGAAACCAAAAGGAAAGAAGCCAAACACUUUGCUGAAAGCAGCCUAUCAGGAAAAGCUUGUUGCAAGAUAUGUGUCACCAACUACCACUCCAGCAAUUCGACUUAUCGAGCCAACGCGUUACACAGGCCCCUACCCCGGGGAGAGAUACAGUGCCACUGCCAGUGAGGCUACUGUCCAGACCACUGGUCCAGAUGGGUUGCUGGAAACCAACCUGAGCAAUCUUGCUGCGAACACGUCGUCCCUGCAACAAGAUCCAGACCGAAUAGUGCGCUCUGUGAAGGUCAUCGGUGAUACAGACUACACUGUCUGUCUGAAUUGGAGAGCCCCAAAGGCCAAAAACACCACUGCAUUCAGUGUGCUGUAUGCAGUAUUUGGGGAGAGGGACAUGCGCAGAAUUAAUGUCAACCCAGGCAACAACAGAAUUACCAUUGAGGGCUUGGUGCCAAAGACAAAAUACAUUGCCUGUGUGUGCGUCAAGGGACUGAUCCCCAAAAAAGAGCAAUGUGUAAUCUUCUCAACAGAUGUGGCAGCCAUCGCUAAUGGAACCCAAAAGCUCAUUAAUGUAGUUGUAAUCACGGUUGCUUGUGUGAUAGCAGUACCACUAACAGUGAUAGUUUGUUGUGGAGCACUGAAGAGGAAAAUCCAAAAAUUACUGGGAAAAAAUUCAAAGGAAAUUCAAGACUCUUAUGUCACAUUUGAGACUCUUUCCCCCGGUACAAAAGCCAAAGGCCUUGAAGGGGAAUACCUGACCAGGCUAAAUCCAGAGGAAUCAAAUAGACUUCUGUCAGCCAGAUCCAGCCUGGAUUCUGAAUUGACUGCUAAAAUAGAGGGACAGCCAAAUGAGUACUUUUGCUGACAGAGUGUGGGGGCCAUGGGUUUCUCAUAAGACUUCGACUCAACAUCUGAGUUUGCAUCUGCAAUGCACAUCGGAUGGUAGUCAGAGACAUGUUUACGCUGCCAAUAAGAAGUUCAGUGACUCCCAGUAAACAUUUUUGUUGUGAUUUUAAGAAUCUCCAAUUACAUGACUGAUGCAGGAAGUCGUUUGAAACUCCUUUUUAUUUGAACUGCUUAAUGUAUUAAUAUAAAGGGAUUAUGCAGGAAAUCAUGAAGUAGUUGUACAUGUACUUGUUAAGGUAAAAUGCAAUUGCUAUUAUGAAAUACCAAACUAAAUGGAUGAAUUAUUAUAAAUGUGUAUGUUUGAGCCAUGUUAAGUAUGCACUGUGUCAAUAUGUAUUAUUUGACUGUUAUAAAUGGUAUAUUCGUACAGUGCAGAUGCAAAGUAUGAAACACAAUACAACAUUUAUUGGAAGUAUUAUGACCGUUUGAAUAUAAUUCAUAUUUAGGACAUAAAAAAUGUUGAACAUGAUAUCCACACAUCCUUAAAUCUCCUGUUUACUUGUGCAUUGUUUGUGCCAUUGACCUA